GUGCUCUACGACAGACCUUUAUACAAUGGUUCUUCUGUUAUUUACCUGCAUUUUUGUGAUUGAACUUGGCAUGGUCUCAACAUCUACGGCCAUAAAUUGGGUAAAACUUCAAGCUGAAGGACAAUUCGUUGAAGACAUAUGCCCAGCGGAAGAUGUUCGGUUUGUGAAAGAAUCGGUUGCUGCCGCAGUAACAUGCGGUAAAAUCUGUAAUGAGGACAAGGAAUGUAAAGCCGUUACGUAUCAAAUGGAUGAUCAUAAAUGCACUGGCUGUCGGGAGUUUUUGAAAUCGUUACCAACGGUAAACUCAGCGGGAUUGCUAAAAUUUGCAAAAAGAGAACACCUAUUCGACUGCAAAGAAAUUCUAGAAAGGGACAGGUUUGCAGAUACUGGUGUUUAUACGAUAGCAGUUGGUGGAACGGAAACUCUACAGGUUUAUUGUGACAUGAGAACCAAUGGUGGGGGAUGGACGGUUUUCCAACACAGACUUGAUGGUUCUGUUAAUUUCCAAAGAAACUUUUCACAGUAUGAAAACGGAUUUGGGGACAUCAAUGGCGAAUUCUGGCUCGGACUUAAAUACGUUCAAAAACUGACAGAAAUGCCGAGUGAAUUUAAAUAUGAAAUUACGUUUUCAAAUGAUGGUGAACAGCCAUGGAACGAACGAUUCAGUCGGUUUCAACUCGUUGGCCCUCGGUACGUGCUCUCCAUAGACGAUCGCCUCUACAGUUCAGGUAACAAUUAUGGGGAAACGUUCGCGACCUUUAAUGAAUCUCCAUUUGUUGCACUUGCUGAGGAUUCUUCAACGUCUUGUCUUAGUGGCGACCAUAUGUGGUGGUCGUUUACCGCUCAAACGUGUAACUACGUCCUUAACCUCAACAUUGUGUACGGGACGAAGACAAAAAUAAGGUGGGCGCCUGAAUCAGACAGCUAUAGAAUUCUAAAGGCUUCAACAAUGAUGAUCAGAAGAAUAUGAAAAUUAUUCCGAACAGGAAAAUAAACAUACUGGCUCCAUAUUCACAAAAGGAUGUCUGGAUCAGGUUAAAUGAUUUUCAACCAAACCGAGCCUGCAAUAUUUUUAAUUUUGUCAUUUUGAACAUUCUUUGAGAUUCAUUUUUUUUCUAAACUUAAAUUGAUAGCAUUUGACUAGAAUCAAAUUUACGCAGACACAAUA